AUGGUCAAGAAAGGAAAAUCAUGCCCUCGUUGUGAUCGCAGUGGCGUGAAGGAUUUUGAAAUUUGUGUUGAUAAUUUUUUUCAUUACUCCGUAGAAAAAUUUAUGUUGAGGAAAGAACAAGUGAUCCUUCACCCUCGCGCGGGGGAAAAAUACCGUAAUGGCGAGGAUGAUUCCAGGGUAAGAGUUGUGCCAGUGUUUGAGCCAACUAUGUCUUCCUGGGUCGCCUCAGUACAGCAGAAACGAAAUGGGCAUGUGACUCGCAUCAACGUUGACCCGCAUCAACCGAUGGGACUGGCGACUCCUCAGAGGAAAGCUAGAUUACUGGACCAGGUUCAGCUGUUGUCCUCUGGCGAAGAAACUCGGGAUGCCCUGGACGAGAAGAGGAACUUUGAGUAUGCCAUAGAAGACUUCUUGUCCGUCACACCGCACGAGUCGAAGUUCAGUUUCCCCGUGAUAGCUGAAAUGUUUGGAGCCGGUCUUAGAAGAGAGGAAUUCAAUGGAUCAAAGUUCACUUCGGCUUGGGAACAGUUAUCCAAGUACGCCAUGAAUUUGCUGUCCCGACCUUGGAGAACGGAGUACCGAACACUGAAGAUGUAUUCGGGAUUUUUCAAGCACUACGUGGAGACGCAAAUACCGGAUGCUUAUAAAAUAUUUGAAAUACUCGGCUACGUUGCGGUUCCCGGGGAGCAGAGAUGCGUUUGGAAGUUGAAUGGUCCAAUUGAUCCCGAUUACGUUAUUGCUGCUUACUUGGACUGCGUCAUUGCCAUGGUAGAGUGCAGGAUGAUGAUGCAAAUAGUGGAAAGCGUAAAAGACCUACGGUAUCCUUGGAGUGACGUGAUGAGCAUUCGAGAAAGAUACGUUUGCGGGGUCGAAGAAGCUUCAAGGAUUGUCCGGCACGAAGUUCGAGAAGAACAGGCUUCUUCUCGUCGCCUUCCUGAGCCUCCUUUCUACCGCGGCACUGUUUUCCACAACCCGAACUUCGAUUUCGAACCCACCACGGGGGUUCUGGUCGACCUGCAUUCCCCGCCCGCGGUGCCGAGUGAAGUGCGGAAAACCCCUAAAUUCCCGGUGGAGCCCGAAGAUAACACUUGGGGCUAUUCCUACGAAUCCGUGCGAAGAAAACCGGCCAAAAAACUGCCCAAGCCUUCUUCGGACGUUGUCUCUGCGCUCAAGUCACUCAAAUUCUCUUCCGAUCAAACCGAUGGCAAGAAGUCUUCUGCAGGGAAAUGGUCUUGUCACGCGUGCACUUACUUGAAUCCCCCGGAAACGGACAUUUGCUCCAUGUGUUCCAAGUCGUGUGUGAAGGGAGCUGAAGAGAAGCCUUUGAGUGUUGGUGGGAAGGAAUGUUUGCGGUGCACGUAUGUGAACGAUAGGUACGUGGACAAGUGUGUGAUUUGUCAGGAUAGCUUGCUGAAUUGCCCGACUUAUACGUGAGUUUUUCGGCUCCUGCUGAAAAAAAGAAAUGGCCAAAGUUUCGCGCGCACAAUAGUGGUGGAAUGGGUUUUGUUUUCCUUCUGGCUGUGACGAUAUCCACUACGGUACUCUUGCAAAUCCGAAGUUUUUUUUUAAUGUUUAUCUUGUGAUUUGAUUUUUGAUUUUCGGACAAGAACGGUCAGCUGUGAUGAUGACGCGAUUAUUGCUAUCCGCGUUACAUGUCUUAUCUUAUCGUGUUCCCCUGAAAAUAUGGCGCAUUUCCGGAUACACUCAAAUAUUCCUUUUUCGAUAAUAUUAGCACGCAAAAUGUCAGGGUGAAUUUAAGUUACGAAAGUGUUGGACCCACGGGAGAAGCUCAGGAAUCUUUUGGACUAGAGUAUUAAAACCUUCUAUGAGGGAGUUGGGUUCAAAAUUAAAUUUUUGAAAGUAUUUCAACUUUUUCCCCAUCUCUUGCACGAGAGUUCAGAGUCUUGAAAUGUUUGAGGCGACCGAACUGUUGACAGAUGUCCUGAUUCUGAGAAAAUUGUUUUAGAUUUGAUGAAUAUGCGUGUUACACUCGCAGGCAAACUUUUAAUUUCAGUUCCUAAAGCACAAGGAAUAGGAAUGCGUCUUAAUUAUUAUCUGCCGCAACGUUUCUUGGAGUAAUGUACGUUAAUGGAAGGAAGGAGCUUAGUUUUGUGGUGUUGGUGUGUACCGUAAACAUUUUUUAGUUUGGAUUUGGUGCAAAGAAAUUCGAUAGUUUUAUUCUGUCGUUUAUCCUGAUUUGACUUUAAUCUUAUUUUAUUAUUCUAUUGGUACGACAGAAUACGUAUUGACUCGCGUGCAGAAAAAAUUUUGGAAGUCCCACCGGAGGGAAGUUCAUCGUAUUUUUAACAUCGGCAUUUUGCUUGUUCCCAGUUACAGUAUAGUACUUCUAAUCUGACCAUAGCCUAGGCUACUUCAGAAUAGGGAAAGAGUGGAAUAUUUGUAGGAAAGAAUGUCAGUGAAGCAUCUCAGAACAGUCAUGGAGGUUAUUAAACGUUAAGAACAUUUUUUGAAGUGCAUGAAAUAUUUUUCUCUGUCCGAAGGCGUAUUUUAGUGGGCUUUCGGUAAGACUUUGUUUUUCUGAUUUCCCUUUACAUUAUCGAAAUUUCAAGUUGAAAGUGGGUUUAGGCGAAAUUCCCUGACUUGUUUGUUGCUCAAAUAACUGUGUGAUCAAUCGGUUAAAUGAAUGUUACAUUAUGCUGCUUAUUAUUAGAUGCAAAAGUCAUAUUUUGAGGGAAACACGGAACUCAUGCCUCAACUUCAUCCGCCUAUUCUUGAGCUUCUUCGGGAUAUUUUAGCAUUCUUCUUCGGAUUAGUUCGAAAAGUGUACCGAUUGGGUUUACCGUGAUGUUUCGAUUUUUUUGCGGGAUUUGGCUGGAUGUUGGCAUGAUCGCAAUGACUGCUUUCAAUUUGUGCCUAAAAGGAUUUUUAGCGUGAACUGCUCUUGAAUUUUGAAUGGAUGAAGAGGAAGACUUGUCAUUCCGUGAAAGUAUUGAAAGUUUUUUUUUUCGUAUGUUCGCGAAGAACUAAUCAGACGUUUAUGAAAAUGGAGACACUUCAGGCUGUUCGCAUGCUUGUUCUUGCGCAGAAAUGUGAUUACGCAUGUGCUUGGGUUGAAAUUACUAUGUAAUGUUGAUCUUUGGUAGUAUUGUUACUCAUGUGAGAAUAAAUAAUACACUGAGCUGUAAAUCCAC